AUGUCCCAUUCGCACUCCCCCGCGCCGUCGAAUUACGGCGACUGCGUGGCCUCCCUGCGCACAUCUCUCAACCUCCUGGAGUCCUCAGUCGAGACCCUCGGCAACGGCGUGUCGGAUUUCCCCAGGCUCUCAUCAGUGCUGAAGACAGUCCGCCACUACGAGCUAAUCCCUCAACCAACCCUCGCCGCAGCCGAAGCAUCCCUCCGCGACGAGAUAGGCCCCUUCGUGACACACCUCCUGGACCGCGCCGACAGGCAGAUCGACCGCCAGGCGCGGCGCAUCGAGACCCUCAAGGCCCGGAGCGACCUCAACGCCGGGCGGCUCAGCAGAGGGGACGUUUCGCCGCCACCACAGCAGCCCGCGCCGAAGCGAGGCGCGUCUUCGAGGGGCAAGGCCGCCGGCGGGAGGAAGACGCUUGACGGCGGUGCGGGGCUGAAGGCGCGGGCCGUCCGGCAGCGCAAGGAGGCGCUCAAGUACAGCGUCGAGAGGCUGGAGCUGGAGGUCGUGCAGAAAGAGAGGGAGUUGAGGCUGCGGUUGCAGGAGGCGUGA